AUGUCGUCCAGUCCGGUUAGGCCGCCUUUGCGGAGGGCGAGUACAACGCAUGACAACAAUUUCGACGAUUCUUUUCUAGGACGGGUGAGAUCGUUCAUCCAUCGAGACCGCCAUGUAGGCGUCGUGAGCCACAAUGCUAUCCGCGACUCCGUGGACAUCGAGUUGCACACUUGGAAUGGGAAAGAUGACCCGGAUAACCCGUUCAAUUGGAGCACAUCCUACAAAUGGACGUUGACCAUUACAGUCUGCAUCAUAUCAAUCCUCACGGGUAUCCCCGCAGGCUCAUAUGGAGCAGGCAACAACUACAUGGCCGAGCGCUUCCACGUGCAGAACGAGCCAUUCCCUAACCUCGCCUGGGCCACCACCUCAUGGAACAUGGGCGCUGCCUUCUGGCCCCUGAUCUUCGUCCCCUUGACCGAAUCCUCCGGCCGUAUGCCAGGCUACUUUGUAGCAUACUUCAUCCUCGUAGUCUCUCUAUUCCCAUCCGCCUUCGCCCAAAACUUCGCAACUCUGGUCGUAACUCGCUUCUUCGGUGGCGGCGCCUCCUCCGUCGCCAUCAAUAUCGUAGGCGGCAGCAUCAGCGACGUUUGGUACGGCGACAAAGCCCGUAGCGUACCAAUGUCCCUCUUCGGCUUGACAAGCGUAAUCGGAAUCGCGCUGGGCCCCUUCGUCGGCUCCGCGAUCCAAGCAAUUCACAAACACGACCCCUGGCGCUGGAUCUUCUACGUCCAAAUCAUCUACAACGCCGGCCUAAUCCCAGUAUUCUGGUUCCUGCUGUACGAAACCCGCGCGGACGUAAUCCUGACCCGGCGUGCAAAGAAUCUCCGUCGCGAAACAGGCCGUCCCAUCUACGCCGAAGCAGAACUAUCAAAUACAAACAUCCUCAAACUCCUCCAGGUCUCCUUCGAGCGACCAACCCGCAUGCUGCUUACCGAACCCGUCGUUGCCUUCUUCACCCUUUGGAUCAGUUUCGCAUGGGGCAUCCUCUUCCUCUUCUUUAGCAGCGUCGUCCAAACCUUCUCCACAAACUACGGCAUGAAUACCCUCCAGACGGGGUUGAUCCAGCUCGCUAUCUCCGUCGGUGCCCUCAUCGGGACGGUCAUCAACCCCCUCCAGGAUAUCAUCUACCUCCGCUCUGCGCGCAACAAUAAAGAGAACCCGGGCCGUCCGGUCCCCGAGGCAAGACUCUACACGUCUAUCCCUGGGAGUCUUCUAUUUGCGGGAGGAUUGUUCUGGUACGGCUGGAGUAGCUUUCCCCAUGUGCAUUGGAUUGUGCCGACGUGUGGCAUUGCGGCGACGGGACUGGGGAUUUAUUCGAUCUAUAUGGCUGUUGUGAAUUAUUUGACGGAUGCGUAUGAGAAGUAUGCGGCUAGUGCAUUGAGUGCGGCUUCGUUGGGGCGGAACUCGUUCGGGGCGUUUUUGCCGCUGGCGAGCUUUCAGCUGUUUGAGAAUUUGGGGUAUGGGUGGGCGGGAAGUCUUUUGGGGUUUAUUGGGGUCGCAUUGAGUGUUGUGCCGGUUGUGUUGGUGAUUAAGGGGCCGGCGAUUAGGAGGAGGAGUCCGUUUAUGAGGGAGGCGACGUUUGCGGGGGUUGAGGGGGAUUUGGAGAAGGAUGGUGAGGAGAGGGUUUUGGAUGGGCCGGUUGAGAGCGUUAAUCGGGGAUAG